CCUACUAUGGCGGCCGCCUGAGCCGGACCCGUGUAGGAUUCCGUCGGACUUCCUUCUGCAGCCCGUGACAGGUGCUGCUGUCCCAUGAUUCAUGUAGAGCCCGGCCAUGGUAGCUGGCCCCCACCCCAGCCAUGGACGAGGUCACCUUCAAAAGUGACACUGUGCUCUCAGAUGUCCACCUCUACACCCCGAACCACAGGCACCUCAUGGUGCGGCUGAAUGGCAUGGGACAGCCUGUUUUCCUGUCCCAGUUCAAGCUUCUGUGGAACCGAGACUCUCAGGCAGACUCCGGGGCUGAGGGUGGCCAUCAUGGCAUGGGUCCUGCAGAGCAGACACCGCCCUCUGGGCCAGGCAGCACCAGACCCCCUCUGGGCAGUGACUGCAGUAGUGAUAUCACCAGCCAGGAGGGGGUGGGAGCUCGGCUUGACGAGGAUGGGGAUUUGGACGUCGAGAGGAGACCGCGGGCAGCUUCGGACUCCGAGCCAGCAGAGCCUCCAAGAGACAAGGUACAUCCCACGAUUCUAGCACAGGAGGAAGAUGAUCCCCUGGCAGACGAAGCACGAGAGAGCAGCCCCCAGGAUGUCAUCAGAAUAGAGCACACCAUGGCCACCCCCCUGGAGGAUGUUGGCAAGCAGGUGUGGCGGGGUGCCCUGCUCCUGGCCGACUACAUCCUGUUCCAACGGGACCUCUUCCAGGGACGCACCGUGCUGGAGCUCGGGGCGGGCACGGGGCUGGCCAGCAUCAUCGCAGCCACCGUGGCGCGUACCGUUUACUGUACAGAUGUUGGUGCAGAUCUCUUGGCCAUGUGCCAGCGGAACGUUGCCCUCAACAGCCACCUGACUGCUGCCGGAGGCGGUGUAGUUAAGGUCAAAGAACUGGACUGGCUCAAAGACGACCUGUGCACAGACCCAGAGGUCCCCUUCAGCUGGUCGCAGGAGGACGUCUCCGACCUGUACAGCCACACCACCAUCCUGCUCGCGGCCGAAGUGUUUUACGAUGAUGACCUCACAGACGCUCUGUUUAGAACGCUGUCCCGCCUCGUUCACAGACUGGAAAACGCCUGCACAGCCAUUCUGUCUGUGGAGAAGAGGCUGAACUUCACGCUCAGACGCCUGGAUGUCGCGUGCGAGGCCUACGACCACUUCCGCUCCUGGCUACAGCGGCUGGAGAGGCUCGCGGAUGGCCGGCUGCGCUUCGCAGUGGAGCCGGUGGAGGCCUCCUUCCCGCAGCUCCUGGUCUACGAGCGCAUCCAGCAACUGGAGCUCUGGAAGAUCUUUGUGGAACCGGUAACGUGACCUGUUGCAUCCACGAGCGCGGCUUCUCAACUGGUCUCAGGAUACGUUUCUAAUAAAAUCGAAAGCU